UGUCUUAUUUUCUUGUCUCUGAUCUUCAAGGAUUUUGUUUAAAAUUCACAUUCGUUUUCACUAUAAUUAUUAACGCAUGAGAAAAUUUACAUCCAUUAUUAAAUAUUAACAAUGACAAAGGGUAACAAACCUUAUCAUCAUAUGAUAUAAAGCGAGAGAAAUAGACAAAUAGAUUCACUAGUUUAUCAACUCUCUCUACAACUAAAGCAAGAAUUUAUCAACUCUCUCUACAACUAAAGCAAGAAAAGAUGUCUAUGGAUGAUUCUCAGUGAUUGUUUGUAAUCGACAAUCCCUUUACAACUAAAAAGCGAAAAUUGGCAACAAAAGUCGAUGAUGCGCCAGUGGAGAAAAAAAAAAGUAUGAUUUAGUUAUAUCGAAAGACGAAUCUUCGUUUAAAACUAUACUGCCGUAUUCAAUAUAUAUAUCGCACGGCUAUAACUUGGAAAUUAAAGAAUUCAGACAGCAAUAUUAUAUAUGCUUAGCGAAAACAAGUGCUAAAGGUGAGAUUCAGAAUAGAUUCAACAUUCCGGUGAAAGAAAUUAAUUUUUUUAUUCAAGCUUUGAAUGCUGUUAAAAAAUAUCUGGAAGAUUUCAUUUGAAUAAAUGAAAGUCUACGCAAUUAUUGAAAACAUCCCUCUCUCUCAAAAUAUGAAGAAAUCAUCGUAGACUAUUUUAUCAUCUCACUUAUAUGAAGAAAAUCAUCUAGAAUCAUGAACCCGUCGUAGUCCAGUUCAGACGUGAAGUUUAUAUGUCCGGAGGUGUAUUUUUUGUUACAUCUCGUAUUCUUGUCGUGGAUAUGCUGAUGGAUCGAGUGCCAAUUGACCUCAUUACUGGAAUUAUUGUGUACAAAGCCCAUAAAAUAAUAGAUUCAUAUCAAGAAGCAUUUAUUCUUCGUUUAUAUAGAACAAAAAACAAGACAGGUUUUAUUAAAGCAUUGUCAUCUAAUCCAUGUGCAUUUGCCAGAGGUUUUUGUCAGAUACAGAGAGUUAUGAGAAAUUUAUUUGUUCGAAAGCUUUAUUUAUGGCCAAGAUUUCAUGCUGUUGUAUCAAGUACUUUUGAGAAAUGCAAGCCAGAUGUUGAUGAACUCCAUAUUACUAUGACAUCAGCUAUGCAAAGUAUUCAGUUGGCCUUAUUAGAUAUAAUGAAUGUGUGUAUAAAGGAAAUAAAAAAAUUAAAUAAAACACUGGAUACAGAAGAAGUAACAGUAGAAAAUGCUAUUUCAAAAUCAUUUGAUAAAAUUAUCAAGUAUCAGCUAGAUCCAAUUUGGCACCAGUUAGGACCAAAAACACACAGACUAAUAUCAGAUCUUAAAACUCUUCGCACCAUUCUUAUGUAUUUAACACAGUAUGAUUGUGUUACAUUUUAUAAUCUUCUGAAGUCAAUUAGAGAAAAUAUUGAAGUAAAUGCUCAUAUGUCCGAUUGGCUUUUUAUGGAUGUUGCAGAGAAUAUGUUCGUUCAAAGCAAGGAAAGAUUAUUUGGAAAAAUUGAUAUUAAAAAGUUAAAAGAAGAAAGAAUUGAAGAUUUAAAACUAGAAGAUAAUCCUAAAUGGCUUGUUUUAUCUGAAAUUUUAGCUGAAAUUAAAGAAAAUACAAAAAAAAAUGUUAAUCCAGCAGUAGCGUUAAUAUUAACUGAUGAUGAUCAUACUCGACAACAAAUAAAUGAAUUUUUAUGCAGAGGAUCACAACAGUUUCUGAGAAAAUUAUAUAAUAACUCCUUAAAGAAAAAAUGUUUAAAAAUGAAGAGUAAGGAGAAUAGGAAGGGUGGGAAGAAAAGAAAAGAAAGUGAAUUGAAUGAAGAAAAUAUAUUAAAUAAUUCAUCAUCAUCAGAGACAGAUUCAGAAGUAGAAGAAGUAGAAAAUGAAGAUAAGGAUAACAAAACAGAAGAGAAAAAUUUAACUUCUCCAAUAACAAUUAUUCAAGCGUUACAUGGAAGUAAUGAUCCAUUCAGUUUACAAAAAGUUUUACAAGCAAAUGAACCUAAUUAUAUUAUAUUAUAUAAUGCUGAUAUUGGUGCAAUUCGUUUAAUAGAGAUGUUUCAAGCAUUAAAUCCUCAUUUAUCAAUAAAAGUGUACUUUUUAAUAUACGGAGACUCUGCAGAAGAACAACGUUACUUAAGUACAUUGAGAAAAGAAAAAGAAGCUUUUGAAUUUCUUAUUAGAGAGAAAAGUGUUAUGGCUAUUCCUGAAGAUAGAGAUGGUAAAACUGAUGAUCAUCCCGAUCUCAUCAGAAAUGCUGCUCCUGCUAAUGAAACUGUAAAUCCCAGAAAAGGUGGAAGCCAAGUGAAACAGACAAUAGUUCAACAAAAGAUUAUUGUUGAUUUAAGAGAAUUUAGAAGUGAGCUUCCAUCCUUAAUUCAUCACAGAGGAAUUGAUAUUGAACCUGUAACAUUAGAGAUAGGUGACUAUAUUUUGACUCCUGAUAUGUGUGUUGAGAGAAAAAGCUUAAGUGAUUUAAUUGGUUCAUUGAAUAGUGGUCGCCUUUAUAAUCAAGUAAAAUCGAUGAGUAGAUAUUAUAAAAAACCAGUUCUCUUAAUUGAGUUUGACCAAAAUAAAUCAUUUUCAUUGCAGGCAUGUUACUUUUUAAAAUUUUAUAUCUUGAAUAAAUUAAAAUAUUUAUAAUUUAUAAUAUUCUGUGACAUUGCUUAUCAUGGAAACCAAACUCUCAUUGAGUCAUUUUCAGGUUUAAAUAUAUUAUAGAACAGCAAAUGAAACAUAAAUUUAAAACAUAAAGAACAACCACUUUUGUAUUUGAAAUACAGUACAGCAGCGUUUUUCAACCUGUGGGUCGUGACCCCCAG